AUGGCGCUACCCACUCAUCCUCGCGAUUCCUACAACGUCGGCAUCAUUUGCGCACUCGAUGUGGAGAAGGCGGCGGUAGAGGCGACGCUGGAUGAAGAGCACGGCACAGUUGAGAAGUUGGCAAGAGACGACAAUCUGUACAGCUUUGGCAGGAUUGGGGCGCAUAAUGUGGUCAUCGCAUGCCUGCCAGCAGGAGUGAUGGGCAAGGUUUCGGCGACGGCGUCGGCGAAGGAUAUGAUGCGCAGCUUCUCUAUCAAGGCGGGCUUGAUGGUGGGCAUUGGCGGCGGAGUGUGGAGUGAGAAGACGGAUGUUCGACUAGGCGAUGUAGUGGUGAGCCAGCCGAACGGAAUGCACGGAGGGGUGGUACAAUGGGACUUUGGCAAAAUGGAGAAGAAAGGAGUGUUUCGGCGGACGGGUACACUGAACAAGCCACCGCGACCGCUUCUCAAUGCGGUCCAGAGUCUCAAGGCGACGCAUCGGCGAAAGGGCAGCAAGGUGCACGAAUACCUGGAAGAAAUGCUGUCGAAAUAUCCGCUCAUGGAAGAGGAAUUCAGGCAUCAAGGACGCGAGCACGACGAGUUGUUCGAAUCAAGCUAUAGUCACCCUAGCGAAGAUGACUGCGAAGGAUGUGAUCGGUCAAGACUGGUCCAGCGUCCGCCCUCACGCAGAGACGACAAGCCGAAGAUCCACUACGGAAAUAUCGCCUCAGGAGACGAGGUGGUGAAGGACGGACCGACGAGGGACCGCAUCGCGCGCGAAGAAGGUAUAUUAUGCUUUGAGAUGGAGGCAGCUGGUUUGAUGGAGUCGUUCCCAUGCAUCGUCGUCCGUGGCAUUUGCGACUAUGCAGACUCACACAAGAACAAGCGGUGGCAGCCGUAUGCGGCGGCGACAGCGGCGUGUUACGCGAAAGAACUUCUUGGAUUGGUGGACCGACAAGGGGUGGGGGAGUUAGGACCAGCAAGUGAGUAA